UUAAUAUAUAUUCUGUGGGGGGAAUCAGGCCUUCCCACCGACCAGGCAGACCAGAUGGCUCGUGGAAGAGAUAAUACAGCAUCGUCUUGUGUUGAAGAGCCUCUUGCGACAACUUCCUUUGCUUAUCUCUCUGUCUUUCUUUCCUUAUCUACCGACGAGGAGAUAGAUGAGUGAGGACAAAAGAGAGAGAUAAUCCUGGUAAAAGAAAGUCGAAGCUCAGCCCUCUGUAUGUGAGAGUCAGGAUGCCAGGAUUGCUAACACUGUCAUGGCUUUUUGUUGGAGUGCUCCUAGGGGUGCUCCUGACGGCCCCCCAGGCAUUGGCACGGGAGGUUGUCAGGCUUGAAGAAUCUAGUAAGGCCCCCACAACUUAUAUGAAAAAGUUCAUCAUGCCUGGAGUCACCCCUAGACAGGCUGAUGCAUACCUCUGUACAGCAAUGGCAUUAAAUGAGACUGUUGAGGAGUGGGUUAUCAGAUUUGACCCCCUUGCUUCAGCAAACCGAGCUCAUCACAUGCUUCUCUUCGGAUGUACUGAUGUCCCGCCAGACUACUUGCAACAAGGCUCAUGGGACUGUGGUCAUCAUGGUGUCUGCACAGGUGGUAGAAUAAUGUUUGCUUGGGCAAAGAACGCACCAGCCACGAGUUUGCCAAAGGAUGUUGGGUUCCGUAUAGGAGGUCAGACUGGUAUUAAGUACCUCACAUUGCAAAUCCACUAUGCGAGUGCAAUGCAAGAGGGAGAGCAAGAUCACUCGGGCUUGCAGAUGGAAGUUACAAAAGAACAGCAAAAAUACAAAGCUGGGAUAUAUUUGCUAGGCUCACCCUAUUCAGACAUUCCUCCUCAUAGAGAAAAAACACAUGCAGAUAUGAAUUGCAUAAUUGGAGAGACAGGGGAGCCAAGAGAUAUAUAUAUCUUUGCAUACCGCACCCAUGCACACAAAUUAGGAAGUGUUAUCACUGGGUAUAUGUUUGACCCUGAUACACAAGAAUAUACAGAGAUUGCAAAGGGGAACCCACACUGGCCCCAAGCUUUCUACCCAAUGUCCCAGGUGUAUCAUGUCAGCACAGACAAGAUUCUACAUGCCCGUUGCACCUGGAAUUCAACCAAUUGUAAAACUCACACAUACAUAGGCCAGACCUCUGGAGAUGAGAUGUGCAACCUUUACCUCAUGUAUUACACGGACCGCGAGCAAGGCUCAGAGACAGGAGGCUGCUGGACUGAGUCUUUCCCAGUCAUCACGCAGAAUCUCCCAGCUGAUAGUGAUGUCCCGUUGCCACCAAACCCUGCGCUUGAGGAACAUGCACAGGGCGAGAAUUUGCAUAAAGAACAAGAAAUCACAUAUAAUUCCCUCUUGGAAAGACCUAUCGAGAAUGAAAAGAAAGCCUACAAAAACUCUGAAAACUACCAGAAGCCUAAGCCGGUGUCAUAUGACUAUGAUAAUGUAAUGACACCUGGCAGACAGAUACCAAAGGACAACAUCAAGCCUUCCUUGGUUGAAGCUCCAAGGAAGGGAAAGCAGCUUCAGUUCUCAGCGUAUCGCAUGAUCCCAAAUUGGGGCCCGAAAGAUAUUGUCUACGGGCAAGUGGUAGCAGUCGCCCUCGACUCCAAGGGAGACGUUGUGGUCUUCCAUCGAGGAGAACGUCGUUGGGAUGGCUCAACAUUUAUCCAGAACACGCUACGAGACAAGAAACAUCCCAUAACACAACCUACACUCCUUCACCUACACAAGGAAAAUGGGCAGAUUAUAGACAAGUGGGGAGAAAACCUUUUCUUUAUGCCACAUGGACUAACUCUUGACAAGGAUGAUAACAUCUGGGUCACAGAUGUGGGACUUCACCAGGUACUGAAAUUCCCUCAAGGCUUUGGCGAUGGCAAACCUCUCCUGACCCUUGGCACAAAGUUCGAGCCAGGCAAUGAUGCAACACACUUCUGCAAGCCGACAGGAGUUGCUGUCUUGAGUACAGGAGAAUUCUUUGUAUCGGAUGGUUACUGCAACUCUCGUAUAAUCAAGUAUUCAGCUAAUGGAGAGAUUCUAUUCCAGUUUGGAAAGCAAACCCACGCACUUGUAGGCUUUGGCAUCAGUUCUCCACCCCCUGGUUCAUUCAACAUUCCACAUGCCUUAACCCUCAUAGAGGACCAGGGAGAGGUGUGUGUUGCAGACCGAGAGAAUGGCCGGAUUCAGUGUUUCACUAUUGAACAGGGUCAGUUUGCAAGGCAGUUCCAGUUUGACGGUUGGGGCAGUCGGCUCUUCUCCAUGAGUUACACUCCAGCGCUAGAUGGGAAAUUGUUUGCUGUAAAUGGUCCAGGACUUUUGUCUUCCAAACAAGUGGCAGCUUUUGAAGUAAACUACAAAUCUGGUGAACUACAGGGAGCCUUUAGUCCAAACAACCAGGGCAUGAGUAACCCUCAUGACAUCGCAGUUUCACAUGAUGGUAUUGAUGUGUAUGUUGCUGAGAUUGGACCCAAUAAACUGUGGAAGUUUGAGCUUGAGUCAGCUAUAAAGGCAGCAACCAAGGUCCAAAACAAGUCACAGGUUGUAAAAUCUGAUACUAGUGUUUCCAAUAAGUUGACAGGAAAUUCGGUUCCAACAAAGAUAAGGGUCCCAUUCACCAGUCGGUGGUCAACCAUAGUGUUAGGACUUCUUGCUGUUCCUGUCAUAGUGCUGACAACACUCACCCUCAUCAUACGAGCAAGUAGAAGUGGACGAUUACAUGUUAGGCACUUAAAGAAUGGAUCUUUGUCUUCAUCAGUGCUUGGAAUUAAAGGGAAACACGAAAAUGGCUUGAAUUUGGGCUCUCUACUCAACAAACAUCACGGUUUUGAAAAGGUUGCAACGGAAGACCUGGAUCAUGAUGCUCCAGACUCAGAUGAUUCAGAUGUAGAAGAAUUUUCACAAGUUGCAACAAGAGCAUGAGAGAGAUACAACAAAAAUUAUUUAAGUAAUUUGUAUUUAUGAUAUCAGUCAAAUGUAGUCUUAUUUGGUGUAAAGGUGAACUGUUUGGUUUAAUAUGAUGAUGUUCUUGUAUUGGAAGGAACAUAUGCUUUUUGGGGUGGAUGGGAAAGAAUUCGUGUGACAGUUGUAAUAAACUAAUUUAAUCACAACAGUUCUUCAUUCAUAUUUAGUAUUACUUGAAUAUAAUGUUUUUUUUGUAUCGGUCUUCAUGAUUACCAAUAUAUGAACAUGGUAAGUCAUUCAUAUUGUGGCUGGAAAGUUAUGAUUUUAGUCAGCUAUUCUGAGUUCAGAUACAGGUUUUAUGGUUGUGUUUUAAAGUUUUAUACUUCAGACUUAUGAAGGGAAUGCUAUAUAAACAGAAACAAUUUUUUAUUUUGUAUUGCUGUAAUAUUUUGAUUUAAAACAUUCAGGUUUUAUGGUUAUAUUCAGAUUAUAUCAACAGUAGUAAAACCUUGCAGGGAAAUUUUUUAUUAUAUUUUAUACAGUAUGAUAUAUCACUUUUCCUGAGUGAGAUGAUAGAGGUAUUCUGGGUAAGAAGGUAAAUGGUUACCAGUAUGCCUUAUUUAAAUGUUUUCUUACUCUGAAUAUUUGUGAUGUAUAUGAUAAUUUUAACUUCUUCUAUAAGUACUUAGAAAGGAAAAAGAAAAAUUACUAUUUUAGAUACAGGUAUAUGGUCAUUAUUAGUAAUAAUGGCCAAUAUCUAUAAAUAACUAAACCAUGAAUUAUAUUUAUUACAGAUAUUUUCUUUUGUAAAAUGAAUAAUUUAUGAUACUAUAAUUUAUAUUUAAAGUCAGAUAUGAUUUUACUGAAUCACUCUGCCAUAUUACAUAAUUAGCCAAGUAGCAUGUAUAACAAAUCAUAUGAAUGAUACCCAAGAAUCAAGAUGAAUUUUCGAGCCAUGUUACCAGUUUUGCACAGACUACUGAAUACCACAGACGACUUUCAGUAUCCAUGCUCUGUGCUAAGUGGUACACUUUAAUGAAGUGCCACUUUCUCCACUUUUAUAGAGAAACUAGUGCCCCAAGUACCAUACAGGUUCCAACACAUACAUCCAUCCAUUUCAUUCCUUGAACAGCAAUGUCAGUAUUUAACAAGAAACAGUAUACUCCUUCUCCUCCUCCUCCUUUGCCAGCUUUGUAUUUCUACACAGUUGUACUCUCCUUUUUAAAGCAUAACAUCCCCAACUUCCUCGUGCUACUGGGUAACACAGCUAAUGUACUGUGGUUGUGAGGCCUCACUUCCCUUUGAUGUCUUAUGCAAGGCAACUUCACUCGCUUCCUUUUUUAAGCUGGAAUAAACAUAAUAUAAAGAAGACAGAUGUUAAUGGCCUCAGCCUGGAGAACAGUAUUGCAAAAUGCACAUUGCAAGUGCUUGCAGAUGUAUAUAGUUUCUGUAUUCAUAGUAACAAAUGUGGAAAAAGGUGUGAAUGAGUGUGAAUAAUUAAAAAAUGUCAGAUUAAUUUACUUUGCUUGUCAGCUAUACACUGUUCAUUAGAAAUGUAUUACAUAUUUCUGAUCAUGAUUGCUUGAUCAAAACAUCAGCUAAUCUAUCUUGUUUUGUGGAAUUAUUCAUACUCUCAUAUCAUUCUCAGCAUAGUUUCUGAAGUUUCCUAUGAUCAAGAACUUGUUUCUCAUUCCUGCUUUUCUUUUUCAUUUUUGUAAGCAUAUUUUAAUUUCAGAGAGUAGGAACCAUGCAUGUAUAGAUGACUCAGUAGAAACUCACUAACUCAGGCAAACAUGUCUGCACUGUAACUAAACAUUUUUAUAAGCAGCUUUACCUACAGAAGUUCAAUCUGGAAUCCAGAUGUGCUUGUUUAUAAUAUUCUAUGCUUUCAAAUAGAAAUUCAUGCCAAGCUGUUUCUGUAUGAAGAAUUUUGAUAUAUUUGGUUUGUUAUUCCAUACUAAAAGAUAUAUAGUACAACUUACAGUACCUAAAGUAUUUCAUGAUGGAACCAUAGUUGCACUGAAGAAUAUUGAUAGUGAGACAAAAUACAUAGAAUUCAAAUAUCAGGAUAUCAUUUUCAUACACAAAAACAUACCAUUAAGCACAAAUUUAUGGCUCAAAAAAGAAAAGAAAAGUGAUAAUUUUUAGUAAUCAGAUAAGGCAAUAAAUGUAAAGUACUCAAUGCACAAUUAUUAAAUUAUACCCAUCAAUACAUGUAUACAUAUUUAUGAGUGCUUAACCAUGAUAUAAAUAUUGUACCAAAGAGGCAUUCAUAGUCUGAAGAAGUACUGGGUAAUUUUUAGGGAAACUGACUGUAGUUGUACACAAAUAAAGAUAAGUGACAUA